AUGACUGCAGGUAAUGGGCAUCACCCUAGCACGCAGCGUAAGCGUUCAAUGCAAUCACUAAGUACAGGCACAAUGCACCACCAAAAGAAACACCGGCAUCGCUUUAACCACGGCAGUUCACCUGUCUCCGAGUUGCAACGCACUCGUCAGUGUCUCCCAAUCUACGCUCACCGUAGUAAAAUCAUCGAGUCGAUUAAUUGCAAUCAAGUAGUGAUCCUCGUCGGUGAAACGGGUAGCGGCAAGACAACGCAAAUUCCACAGUAUAUAUGGGAAAAUGACCGCAAUCAAGCACGUGUAGCUAUUACACAGCCACGUCGCGUUGCUGCCAUUACAGUGUCUCAACGCGUGUGUGAGGAGGUUAAUUGCGGACCGCUAGGUGACACUGUUGGCUAUUGCGUACGGUUUGACGAUACGACAUCGAAAAACACGCGGUUGAAGUUUAUGACGGAUGGUAUGCUGGUACGAGAGGCGUUGCUAUCCCCGACGCUCGAUAGGUACUCGGUGGUGGUGCUCGACGAGGCCCACGAACGUACGCUUCAAACGGACAUUUUGUUUGGCAUUGUCAAGCGCGCCAUGCGCAAUCGCAAAAACCUCAAGGUGGUGGUUAUGUCGGCUACGCUAGAUGUCGUGCUGUUUAAACGAUUCUUUGAUGACUUCAAGCCGGCGGUGAUUCAAAUUCCAGGUCGCAUGUUCCAGGUGGAUAUGUUUUACACAGCCAAAACCCAACCAGAUUACCUCGACUCGGCACUAGUCGCGGUGCUUCAGAUUCAUUUAGACGAGAAACUGAACGAAGGCAGUAUUUUGGUGUUCCUUACGGGUCAGGAAGACAUAGAGACACUGGAAACACUUCUUGAAGAGUACGCCCGAUCUUUGCCUGCCGACGCACUAAAGCUCAUGGUUUGUCCUAUAUUUGCUGCUAUGCCGCGGGAACAGCAAAUGAAGGUGUUUGAACCGGCGCCCGCAGGAGUGCGCAAAGUGAUUUUAGCCACAAACAUUGCAGAGACCUCGAUCACGAUCAACGGCAUCCGUUAUGUCAUAGACACAGGGCUGGUCAAGCAGCGCUCGUUUAUUGCUUCAAGCGGCAUGGAAAUGCUUCAGACGGAGUCAGUUUCCAAAGCCCAAGCGUGGCAGCGUACGGGUCGUGCCGGUAGAGAAGGUCCCGGCAUCUGUUAUCGCUUGUUUCCAGAGGAAACGUUUGAACAGCUUCCCGAUCGCGCGAUCCCAGACAUUCAGCGCGUAAGUUUGGAAGUUGUGGUAUUGCAGCUGAAAUGUAUGGGCAUUAACGAUGUGCUGGGCUUCGAUUUCAUCGAAAAGCCACUCAAGACAUCUCUGAUAAAGGCUUUGGAAAAGCUUUACGCGUUAAGUGCAUUGAACAAUCAAGGUAACCUGACGACACGGGGUCGACAAAUGGCUGGUCUUCCUGUCGAGCCCAUGUAUGCCGUGAUGCUACUCAAAUCGACCGAACUAAGCUGUGCUGAAGAAGCACUGACAGUUGUGGCCAUGCUUUCCGUGGAAUCUGUCUUCUAUUCUCCUAACGAUCGAAAGGCGGAGGCAGCACAGUCUCGGGCGCGUCCCUCGCUCGUUCACUUUAUCCGACUGAACCUCGUUACAAUGGUCGCUUCUUCUGGUCAACCUACUCGUCUUUACGUCAAGGGUGUGUUCCUUGGGUACAAGCGUGGUCUGCGAAACCAGUACUCGCACACAGCCUUGGUCAAGAUUCAGGGACUAACAGACAAGAAGGACGUGGACUUUUACCUGGGCAAGAAGAUUGCUUACAUUUAUAAAGCUAAGUCUUUGAAGAAUGGAUCCAAGUUUCGCGUCGUGUGGGGUAAGGUGAUGCGAGCUCACGGAAGCAAUGGCGUCGUGCGUGCGAAGUUUGCCAAGAACCUUCCGGCUGAAGCCAUGAGCAAGAGUGUGCGCGUUAUGCUGUACCCCAGCCGCGUUUAA